GAUCGGAUCUGUGUGCGUCUCCCAGCGCCACUCGGCACAGCGGUGUGUCUGAAUGAGGAACUGAAGCCGCGCUGAGGAAACAUACAGUUCUUGUAGUGAAAAAAAAAAAAACUCCCCACAUCACCGCCGAUGUACGGGGUCUGUGGUUGUUGCGGGGCACUCAGGCCUCGGUACAAGAGGCUGGUGGACAACAUCUUCCCAGAGGAUCCGGAGGAUGGACUGGUCAAGGCCAAUAUGGAGAAGCUGACAUUUUAUGCUCUGUCGGCUCCAGAGAAACUGGACCGCAUCGGGGCCUACCUGUCUGAGAGGCUGUCGAGGGACGUGGCCCGGCAUAGAUAUGGGUAUGUGUGCAUCGCCAUGGAAGCCCUGGACCAGCUGCUGAUGGCCUGCCACUGCCAGAGCAUCAACCUGUUUGUGGAGAGCUUCCUAAAGAUGGUGCGCAAGCUGCUGGAGUCUGACAAAGCCGACCUGCAGAUCCUAGGAACCAACUCUUUUGUGAAGUUUGCUAAUAUAGAAGAGGACACUCCGUCGUACCACCGCAGCUACGACUUCUUCGUGUCGCGCUUCAGCGAGAUGUGCCAUUCAAACAACGAGGACCCCGACAACCGCACCAAGAUCCGGAUGGCGGGGAUCAGGGGUCUGCAGGGUGUGGUGAGGAAGACCGUGAACGACGAGCUGCAGGCGAAUAUCUGGGACCCCCAGCACAUGGACAAGAUCGUCCCCUCUCUGCUUUUCAACCUGCAGAGCGGCGAGCGGACAGAGAGCCGCUCUCCUUCUCCGCUGCAGGCGUCGGAGAAGGAGAAGGAAAGCCCGGUGGAGCUGACGGAGCGCUGUUUCAGGGAGCUGCUGGGUCGAGCCGCCUACGGCAACAUCAAGAACGCCGUCACGCCCGUCCUCAUGCACUUAGAUAACCACUCUCUAUGGGAGGGAAAGACCUUUGCUGUGCGUUGCUUCAAAAUCAUCAUGUACUCCAUCCAGUCCCAACACUCCCACUUGGUAAUCCAGCAACUCCUCGGCCACCUGGACGCCAACAGCAAGAACUCGGCCAAAGUACGGGCCGGCAUUGUUGAAGUGCUGCUGGAGGCUGCUGCCAUUGCAGCCAGCGGCUCCGUAGGUCCUACAGUGCUGGAGGUGUUCAACACCCUGCUGAGGCAGCUGCGUCUCAGCGUGGACUACGAGCUGACCGGCUCGUACGACGGCUCCACCAACAUCGGCACCAAGAUCAUCAAAGCUCACGAGGAGCGGCAGCUGCAGGAGGCUGUCAUCAGGACCAUUGGUUCCUUUGCCAACACCUUACCCACGUACCAGAGGUCGGAGGUGAUGCUGUUCAUCAUGGGAAAGAUCCCGGUCCCUGGAGUAAACCUGACUCUGCCCUCUACCGAAUCUGAGCCUGAGAGUACAAGAAUGAUUCAGGUUAUGUUGCUCAAGUCCUUGGUGCAGGUGACAGCAGGUUUCCAGACCACCAACAUGCUUACAGCACUGCCGAGCUCUUUCCUGGAGCCACUGCUCUCCUUUUCUCUAACCGAUGACCCGGAGGUGCGGCUACUCGUGCUCCAAAUCCUCCUCAGCCUCAUCGACAGGCAUGACAACAGGCCCAAAUUCUCCAAAAUAAGCAUCAUUUCUGACAUCUCUGUGCUGAAGCUCAAAGUCGACAAGUGCUCCAGGCAGGACAACUUAUUCAUGAAAAAGCACGGCCAGCACCUGUACCGACACAUCUACCUGGGCUGUAAGGAAGAGAGCAGCGGCCAGCAGCACUAUGAGACCCUCUACACCCUGCUGGGUCUCCUCAGCGUGGAGCUGGCAAACGAGGAGGUGGUGGUGGACCUCAUCCGGCUGGCGCUCGCCUUGCAGGACUUGGCCCUGUCCACGGACGAAGGUCUGCCUGUUUAUAACCGCUGUGCUGUUCACGCCCUGGCCGCCGCCUACCUCAACCUCAUCUGCCAGCUCACCACCGUCCCAGCCUUCUGCCAACACAUACACGAAGUAAUUGAGGCGAGACAGAAAGAGGGUGCUUACCUUUUGCCCGAGGAUGUCUUUAUUGAGAAUCCCAAGCUGCCGUCUUCGCUGGAGAAGGUGGAAGGGGGCGUUUUGUUCCUCCAGUCGAAGAUCACGGAGGUCCUUGGAGGAAGUGGUUACAAUACGGAGAGACUGGCUACACCCUACGUCCCACAGUUUACUGAUGAGGACCGGCUGUCCAAAAGAAAGAGCAUCGGGGAGACCAUCUCACUUCAGGUGGAGGUUGAAUCCCGAAACAGUCCAGAGAAGGAAGAGAGGACGCCUGCAGAAGAGAUCACAUUUGAAAUCCUGAAAAAUGCUAUUGUGGACAGCGUUGGUAUGGAGGAACAGGAGAGGGAGCGGAGGAGACAAGUGGUGGAAAAGUUUCAGAAGGCACCAUUUGAGGAAAUUGCUGCCCACUGUGGUGCCAGGGCCACAAUGCUGCAGAGCAAACUGAAUCAGAUAUUUGAGAUCACAAUCAGACCCCCUCCCAGCCCAUCUGGAACCAUUUCCUCGGGUUACGGCCAAAGCCAGAGUCGAUCCGUUCCCAUUUACGAGAUGAAGUUUCCCGACCUUUGUGUGUAUUAGAGAACAAGGUUUGCAACGAACGUGACAAAACUGAUUUAACCUUUUUUAGGAUCAGGGAAGAGCAGCCGAUCUUUACUGUAAACUGGUCUCGAUCGUGGGAAUCAGACGUUAGACGCAAACUUCAAGUUGCGGCUU